UUCUACAGUGUAUUUUGAGUCACGUGGUCAAGUGUGACCAAUCAAGAAAAGCGCUGUGUUCGGGGAAGUCCCGGGACUGGGACAUUCCCUACAAAUGGCGGAUGGACUUCACAUUUGAAUGUAUUUGCUUUCUCGGUACAGGAAGUUGCUAAAUUUAUACUUAAAAGCCCCAGGAUUCAGUCGAACUCAGUAGCAGAGCAUCUAUUCGAUUCCUAGUAAGGAAAGAAUGUGUUCCAGAUAACACAACGUUAAUUCAAGAGAAAAGAUCUAUAAUAUCCUAUUGGUGUAUCAAGUGCAGUAAUCAUGACACAGUCUGAACAGCAAGUGGGUAGUGCUCUCACAGAAAGCAUGUUAAAUGAGAUCAUUCAACCUGGUUAUCUACCUGAUAUCAGUGCUCUGCAUGUCCCAUUAGGCACAAAUGCAGAGGAGCCUUCUUACACCGAGCCCUACCUAGAAAUUCUUGAACAGCCUAAACCGCGUGGUUUCCGGUUCCGAUACCCAUGUGAAGGGCCUUCCCAUGGGGGACUCCCUGGGCAGUUUUCGACUUCUAAAAGCAAGUCAUACCCGUCUGUCCAGGUGAACAACUACCAAGGACCAUGUAGAAUAGUUGUAACCUUGGUCACAAAAGAUGAACCUUAUAUGCUACAUGCACAUAGUUUAACUGGGAAGAAUGCUAAUGAAGAAGGAGUAGUCACCGUACAAGUGGGGCCGGAUCAACACAUGACAGCGAGCUUCCCAAACUUGGGAAUCAAGCAUGUCACUAAAAAGAAUGUUGUUAAAGUACUAAUGGAUAGAUUUAUAAAGUGGCAAACUCUGCAAAAUGCAACUUUCGCCAAAUUGUCAGAAGGUAUCAAGGAUGGUGUAGACCUAUCACUCUUUGGUGUCAAUACAGCCAUAAACUCAAACAAGCUUGGGUUUGACAAAAAUGUGGCGCUCUCUGUCGCAAACCAAGAAGCUGCCAAAAGUAGAGAGUACGCUAAGCAACAGGCCGCUGCCAUGGAUCUAAGUGCUGUGAGACUCUGCUUCCAGGCAUACCUACCAGACCAAGAUGGCAACUUUACCAGACCUCUGAAGCCAGUGUACUCAGAUGCUGUCUUGGACUCAAAAGCACCAUCAGCAUCUCAAUUGAAAAUCUGUCGCAUGGACAAGAACUCGGGAUGUGUAACUGGUGGUGAUGAAAUAUACCUGCUUUGUGACAAAGUUCAGAAAGAUGACAUUGAGAUACACUUUUAUGAAAUGGAUGAUAUCACUGGCAAGUACACAUGGGAAGAUUUAGGGAAGUUCUCUCCAUGCGAUGUGCACCGACAGUUUGCCAUAGUGUUCAAGACUCCGCCUUAUUGGAACAUUGCUAUCGAGAGACCAGCAAAUGUCCUUGUAGAGCUUCGACGUAAGAAGAAUGGUGGGGAAACAAGUGAACCUGUGCAAUUCACUUACCAGCCACAACUUUUUGACAAGGAGGCGAUUGGUGCCAAACGCCGCAAGACAGUGCCACACUUUACCGACUUUCUUUCCGGCGGCUCAUCUGGAGCUACAGGUGGAGGGGGAAGUUCAAUGUCCGGAUUCAACUUCCCAGCUGAUUUUCUUCAGCAGGGGGUGUUCCCCACCCAAAACCCUUCAAACAUGUGAAGGCUUAAAUUGGCUUCCAUUCAAUUGGGUUUUUGUCCAAGCCAGCAAGCACACGGUAUGCUCCCUGCAAAGAGCCCCUCCUACAUGUAAAGGAAUGUCGGCUUAGAUACAAAUCUGGUGUCUUCCUUUAAAAAGCGAGAGGGAAUCCUUUCCUCGACAAGCUAGCGGGACAAAGGGUGUGAAUGCUCCCCACGUGAAGGAAUGUUUGCAAAGAGUACUAAAUGGAAAAACUUAAGACAUACAAGAAAGCCAUGUCAGAUAUAAAAGGGAACAUGCCACAUUGUACAAAGCGGACAAUAUGGUGUGUGUUUUUUUAAGUACGUUUAGAGAAUUAUAUAAACCUUAAAGGUAGUGUAUUCGUAUUCUCCAUUUCCUUUUUGUAGUAGCAAAAAAGGCGGACUGUGAAUCAUAAUCGUUUGCAGCCCUCAUGGCUAUCAAAUGAUACGAAUACAGAUUUUAAAACUAUGUGUUAAGUCGAUGUGCUUCUUAUAACAGGUAUGGAGCCUGUGCUUUUAUCAUGAUACCUACGAUGGUAGGUACGACAUGCGGAUCUCACAGUAAACCUUUAAAAAAAAACAAAAAAAAAAACAGGUGAACCUCUCUGAAGCGGUCACUUUGUAUAAUGGCCGCCAAAAGCAGGUGACCGCUAAAGAGUGCUGCUUAAUAGAGGUUGGAUCUAGAUGUAUACGGUAGGAGAAGUAAGGAAACAAGAGGGCUGGUGCUGUAAGUUGAUAAUUGGUUUGUGUAGUUUUAACGGAGUUUAAUCAUGCUCUAUCAAAUAGUGCAACUAAUCUUAUCUUGUAAAUAUAUGUACACAUAUGUAUAGUGAUCGUUAUCUAAAGCUUCUAAUAAAUUUGUGUUUUAACGUC